AUGUCAGAACCCAAAGCUCCCUCUGAUUCAUUUGCUUCAAAUUCUUCUUCGGCCUCUCUUGGCCGUAAAGUUCAUCUUCGUCGAACUCAUAAGAAGUCUCAUUUAGGAUGUCGAACAUGCAAGACUAGGCGCAUCAAAUGCGAUGAGCGCAUUCCUGUAUGUACUCAGUGCAAGCGAGCAAAACUUGAAUGCCCCUACCAAAGUUAUACUCCAGAACAAAUUCAUGAACACGAAACUAAAAGAGCUCAAGCAGCAGCAGCUGCCGCUGCCGCUGCAGUUGCCACUGAAUCUUCCUCAAAUUCAAUGGACUUGACACCAAAAAAGUACCAGGAAAAUCAGUUUCAAAAGCAAAGUCAAGCAAACCAAAUAAAUGCCCCCAAUUCUCAACACCAUUCUCAGAUCCAAACUCAAACUCCACAUCGACUCCAACUCAAUUCUAAUCAACAAAAUUCUUAUAAUCCAUCUUUUUCUGUCUCUAAUUCUCUCCAGUCGUCAAACUCGACAGAAGAUUCUGGGAAAAUUUACAUGCUUGAAAACCCUCUGCCUCAGACGCACCCGUCUCAUCCGGGAUUCUUACCUACAGGCCCUUCAGCUGCAACUUCUAGGGGCAACACUGUAACUGCUACGGCGCAAACAUCUUCGUCACAUUCUUCUUUAGAUCACUCUACCGCCUCAUCCGCGUCGGAAUACCCUCCUAAUUCCGUAUCCGUCACAGGCUAUUCAAAUGGAGCAAGUAAUAUAAUUACUGAGCUUGCGCUACCACCAGCUUAUUCUAUUUUCAUUAAUGGCAUUCCUCGUGUUGAAAGAAUUAAUGAAAUUACAAACUUGCGCCGAAGAAACCUUUUGACUACGGUCAAUCUUGUUCGUAGUGGGUUUGAAACUGACUUUAUGCGUAAAGCCUAUUCAAACUGGCUUUCGAAUACACUUGCCCUUGCGUUUCAUUUUGACUGUUUGUACCAUGCCUUUAUGGCAUUUAGUUAUGGUUUCCAGUAUCUCAAAACCAAGCAAAACCACUGUCUUAUUCGCAAAGAACAACAUCGUAUUAUUGCGCUAAAAGCAUUUCAAUCUGAGUUUGACAAUGUGUCUCCUCGUAAUACAGAUGCCUUACUUGGCACUUCACUUGUGCUUUACUGGGACGCAAUGUACCAAGAAGACAAAAUUUACAACUACGUUGGAAUGUGCCGUGGCCUUGGAGCUAUACUCGAAGCAAUACAAACUCAAGCUUCUGUCACUCAAACUUCUAUUUGCACAACAGAAUCUCUUGCACAAGCAAUCAAGCAUAUCAUUUUCCCCAGAUACUCUUAUCACUUUUUGCCAGAGUUACGUGCUCAACUACUUUCUUUAGAACCACUCAUUUCUUCUCAAGCUCGACCAGAGAUUUUUGAGGAAUACACUCUUUUGCUUGAGUAUUUGGAACGCAUAUAUGGCUUUGUUUCUUCAUACGAAUCUAGCGCCAAGAAGAACUGCAUUUACGAACCUAGCACUCUUUUUUCAUAUAUUAAGGAGUGGAUUUCUAAAUUCCCCUGCCUUGCAUUUUCAUUGGAUUUACUCUCCUUUGACGAUGCUUCUAUCGUCCUUUAUACCUAUUACGACACAGUUUCACACAUUCUUGACGCUCUUUUCCCUGAGGCUCGCUACCUUUUCCAAUUUUCAUUCAUUGGACCAAUUGAUCUUCUUGGAAUUGAGCAGGUUGUUCAACUCGCUACUCACCAAGGUGUUCUUGAAAUAUUGAAAUACCCUCUUCGUAUUGCCUCAUUUUUCAAAAAACGGGACGCAAAGUUGAAUGAGAUUUUUCACGCUGCAGAUCCUCUUCUUCUUGCCCCUUAUGAUCUUCCUCUUCAUGAACUUCGACAUCUUGACAUUGUUCGCGAAACUCCAGUUCCUACAUUUCUUCAGGAUUUUGAUGUUGUGCCGCAUUUGCCAGUCUUAGCACCAGGUGCCGCUCCUUUUAUCAAUCCUCUUCUUUCUACAAAAGCAAUAAAUCAAGCACUUGCAGAACGAGGCAAACUCCGCAAAAAUAACCAGUUGUUCCAGCAUGAAUUUCCCAAGCCUUUUUCUUCAUCUUCAUCCUCUUCAACUUCACUGAGUCAAUUUGCUGCCUCAAACUAUUCUUCAAUUUCUGUGAAUUUACCAGUUCCAUCAAAUCAAUUCUCUUCUACUGCCACAAAUAGCUUACAUACUGGUGGAAACUCUGUGUAUACGUACUCUCCACAGUCUCAACACACUACGUUUUCACCCAGUGUCUCUUCAUGUACUGAUGACGGUGCUGCUCACAGUGACAACUUCAUAAAAUCCCGAACCGCCUCCAACCUUUCUCUGCACCAUUCGGGCUUGGAUUCCAGUGCCGCGGGCGGCACCGAUUCCAUACAAGGCCUUGGAAUCACUAAUAUCACUCUUCCACCAGUUCGUUUCCAGACUGAAACUCCACCAAUUGUUUCUACAACAAAGUCUUUGUCUACAGAGCCAUUGGCACCUCCCCCUUUGAAAUCUGCCCCUUCUGCUCCAUCAAAUACCACAACAUUACCACCAUUGAGCUCUUUAUCAAUGGGUUCGUUUAAAAAGUAUUUUAAUGAUAGAAUGGGCAUCAUUGACUACUUUUCUUGCAACAGCGGUUAUAUGUAA